AUGAGGUAUGCGCAGUUGGUAAUGGGACCCGCUGGAAGCGGUAAGGUAGGUAUAGUGAAAAAGAUGGGUAGUCGUUUGUACUGCAGCAACAUAAUUGUGCUAGCUCUGUACAUGUAUGUUCCCGGGCCUGUUUUAGUUGUUAAAGAUCGGUGUGCGACAAAUGUAGACUGCAGACUUGCAGAACAAGGAAAACCUUGAUGUGGAUUGCUUUAACAGAGUCCCUAUCCCGAAAGUUUAAGUCAUUUAAAAGUCUAGUUUAGGGAUAGGGAAUCUUUUAGAGCAUUCUACAACAAUGUUUACUUCUUUUACCUGCCAGUUUGCAGUCUGCAUUUGUCGCACACCGGUUAAAGAUCCUGAGCUCAUCACUCUGUGAUUCUAAGGUUGGUUUCAAUCAUCUCAAAAUUUUGAGAACAUUCUGCUUAAACGUAGGUGUAACACUUCGGUCACUGUAUAAACAUUUUCAGGAAAAAGUGGCGCUCAUAUCUGAAGGUGGCCCACUUUGACAUGACUGGUUGAACCAAAACCAGUCCCACAGCACUGAAAUUUUGAAGUAACCAGAAUUUUGGUCAAAACAUGAUGGGUUGCUUUGAUCUGAGUUGAUUGGAAAUUUCUUUCAGUUGAAAAAAUGUCAUUGAAAUUUUUCUUGGUUAGUUCCACUGGUAUCCACUUUGCAGAGAUGUCUAUUAAGGGGGUUUUUAAGGUCUUUCUUAUCUUUCCUUACCAUUUGGUGAGGGGAGCCUUUGCCAAAUGAUCUGUGAACACAGGCAUGCUCUGAUUUCAAUAACAACAACUGCCACACAAACAGAAAGUGAUCUCACUGUGGUCUGAGGAACGAGUGCCAAAAUUCUACAUGGAUGACCUGUCACUAUCCAGAUCUGGAUAGUGUUUCUGACUGGUUGAAGCAAAUUUUCCUUGCUACACAACCAACCAGAAGCACUACCUUGACCUGCAUUCUGGGUGGUUUGAACACAUCAUCAGUAUCGAAUUUCUGCAGGCGUUUCUCAGACAGACAUCAUCAUUUUCAUGAGGAAGCCGAAAAAAAAAAAAAUGAAAUGUUGGUUUUUUUCUCAGGCUAGGGUAUGGGUUGUUGGAGUAAUUUUUUUAUUAAAGUAAUAUGGGUUUCAAGGAAGAAAAUAUUGCGAAGAGGUAAGAACUUUACUUCUUUGGGAGUACAAUAAAUUUAACACUCUAGAUUUUAAAUAAAUUUACCACCACCAACCUUGAUGAUUUGUUUUUAUAUGGGGUGACUCACUGCAACUCUUUUACAAAUCAUCCUUAUGGCCUUUUUUUUAUCAUUGUUAUGUCCAUCACUAAUUAUUGCCAUUAAAAUAUUAUUGUAAUAAAUAUUAUUGUAAUAAAUAAACCUCUUGGAAUCAGUCAGACUGUUACCACAUUAUGUAACUUUAUAAUAUAUACUGAAUUAGUUUUUAAAAUAAUUGCAUGUUGCACACUGUAUUUGCAUGCAUCUGCAUAGUCAGUUGUGAAGGAGCUGUGGAACAAUGUAGUUGCCUUGGUGAAAAUUUGAAGUUUCUGAUGCUAAUGCAUUUACAAAGAAAUAAACAAAGGUGCUUAUAAAGAUAGUUUUUCUCGGAUCUUAUCUUGAUGAGAAUUUAUGUCUGACUAUGGCCCUGUGCAAGUGCUUUGCAUAGCUCUCCUAGUUGAGGCCAUUUUGUUGUUUUCAGUCAACUUAUUGUACUACAAUUCUGCAACACUGCGAGAAUGUACAAAGAUCAGUUCAUGUGGUUAACCUUGAUCCAGCUGCUGAACACUUUGGUUAUCCAGUUUUAGCAGGUGAGUGCAUUAUUAAUAUUUUUUAGUUUUUUUGCUUUAUUUCAUUUUCAUGCACUGUCUGUGAUAAUCAACAUGACUAUGAAGUUCAGCAUUAUAUUGGUGAUUAAAAAUGCAACCAUACAUAAAACUAUAACACAAGCUACACUUGUGUAGGAAAACUAAUUGCCAAUAAAAAUAAUUAAAGUGAUUAGGUAGUGUUCUUCAAGUGGAAGAAAUUUAAGUACAUCUUGUUGGCAACAAAGUUGAUCAAAAGGCAUAGAUUGCCUGACACCCACCAUGAUGAAUUCUGGUGAAUUUUAAAUCUGAGGAUGCUGAAAAAGUGCAUUUGACUGAUUUUUUGGUGAAACAAAAUAUUAAUUUUAAACCUGUGGAUGGCACCCUCAUUUACCCACAUAUUUGCUUCAUUUUUUAUCAUUUAUAAAUUAGUAUAGUUAUUUUUAUGCGGGAAACACAAGGUUUUAGAAACAAAAUAAUGAUUAUUAAUGCAGUGAACUCAUUACUGCGCUUGAAAAGUAUUAUUUUCUGUGGGUAGCAGCCUUUUUGUGUCAACUAGGCAGUGAGUGAGCAUUUCCCUGAUUGUUGUAGCUUUCUGAGAAUCUUGGAUUGCUUGCAAAAAUUAUACCAAAUAAGAAUUAGUUUAAGAUUCUGCGGUGUGACCUAUUUAUUUUAUGUGUACUUCCAAAUAGAAGUGUAGUUUUUUACUUCACCCUUUCAAGUCAACACUGUACAUGUAUCUUGUUGCUUGUUUCUUGUUUAUUGUGGCUUCAUAGAUGUGAGGGAGCUGGUGGAGCUAGAAGAUGUUAUGGAAGCUGAGGAUUUGAAACUUGGACCAAAUGGAGGGCUAAUUUUCUGCAUGGAGUAAGAGAAAAAAAUACCUUAAAAAUUAUUUUUUUAUUACAAAGUACUACCUCUUAGUCCGGAAAUUUAUAUUUUUAUAAACCAGGCAAAUGUUGUGCUUCUGCCAGUUAAGAAACUUUUCAUUUGUAUUAUUAACAUCUGGCACAGGAGUGUAGCUAUACUUUUACCAUACAUGACCAUAAGGUGUGCACAGGGAGGUAGUUUGAGCACAGAGGAAACAAGACUAAUGACAGUGGGUUUGUGGGCACAAACUGUGACAGGUGAUCUAGAUGCACGAAUUCUGCAGGGGGGGGUCUAGGGGGGGGGGGCAGGGGGGGUGCACCCCCCCCCCCCCUGAGAUGACCCCUGAGAUGACCUGCGGUUUUCUAAUACAACUGGUAUUCUUAGUGUACUUUUACCACAAUAGCCCCAAGGGGGGGCAGGGGGGGGAGUUUGGGGCAAAGGGAAAAAAAAAUAAAGGCGGGGGGUUUUGGGGGAAAAAAAGGGGAAGGGGGAUUUAAAGGCCGAAUUUCGCGGGGGGGGGUUUGGGGGGGGGGGGGGGGGGGGGGGCCCCCCCCCCCCCCCCCCCCUGAGAUGACCCCUGAGAUGACCUGCGGUUUUCUAAUACAACUGGUAUUCUGCAAAAACUAUGUGGUUUAUUGGUGUUGAAGUAGAGCAAGAGACGAGUGCACCCCUUCCUAAAAAAAAUCCUGUAUCCACCCCUGUUCUGUCACUGUCCUCUACUGUAAUGUAUUUUUCACAACUGAUAUUGUUAAAAGGGAAAUAAUAAUAAUAAUGAUGUGAUAAUAAUAAUAAUAAAUAAUGAUUUUAAUUUGAUACAAUUUACUCUGUAUAUAUGUUAGUGGGUCAAAAUUAAAUUCAGGUUAAAAUUUUUUGACCUACACUGUAGGUUAAUUCUAAAUUUUCUUUGCCUCCUAGCCCUAAUUCAUGAAUAAUUAAGGAGAGGAGAUGGAUGAAAUUGAGAAUCAACCUGAAUUUAAUUUUGACUUGUAAGAUAUACGUGUAAUAGUCAUUAAUCAGGCUGCUUGCAGUGCAGCUACUUUGUUUCUCUUUUGGUCAGCAUGUCUUUUGUUUGUUUGUUUGUUGUUGUUUUUUAUUCAUCCUCUGCUGUUUUAAAGUUGUGUGUAAUAAUAUUGUAGGUGCACACUGGCAUUCAGGUUGCCAAACACCUGUUGAUUUGUUAUAUGUCCAUUAAGUGACUAAUUACAUUUUUGGUCAAAGAUUUUCUAGGAAGUGAGAGAGCCUCUGGUGAUCCAGCUUGCCCAAAGGCUGCAGGCUAUUGUUUUCUGUAUUUGUUUACAAAUAAAACUUUCACUGUUAGUAAACAAAGGUUAGGGAGUGUGGGCGAGAUCAAUCGCAGUUUGCAGCAAUCCAACAUUGUACUUUGUGUAAGUGUCAUGUGAUACAGUGUAUAAGGUCAAAACUGCAUGUAAGACCUUAAGGUCCAAAAAUUGAUCAGAUUGUGUUCUAUGCAUUGCAUUCAUUCGUAUUGUAAGUCCUAACCAACACUGGCCAUGCUGUGCAUAUAUAAUUAGCAACCUGGAGAUUAGGAAUGUGGGCUCCUCUAGCUGAUUAAAUUAGCUGUAACAAUCAUUUCACGACUGUAAAGCAGUCUUGAGUAUUGCAUCAGUUUGGUUUUAUCUGAGUUUGCAGUUAUUUCAAAAUAAAAGAAAAGGGAGUCAAGUAAUGAGCAUUAUAAAAGAAUUAAUUAACUACUGUGCACGUACACAAAAUUAUAUGACAAGGAAGGUUUAUAUUAUGUUACUGACAGAGUAUAUUAUUAUUGUGGGUGACAAGAGGAGCCUGCAAUCCGAAUCUCCAGGUUUUUAUUAUACAUGUGUUGCAUGUAUGUAGCCAGCAAUAUUAAAUUUGUUUGGACUUCCACUAAGAAUGAAUGGAAUGCAGACAGGGUGCAAACAAAAUCAUUUUGUACAGCUUGCCAAUUGGGCAAGCUGAAGCUAGCAUGUACUAGCCCAGGUGUCAUUUCAACUAGCCCCAAAAACGUUUUGACUAGCAGAAUUGAUUUCACAGUUCUUAACUCUGUUAUUUGAGUUCUUCAAAAACAUCACUUGCCCGUUGGGCAAGUUAAAAACAGAAUUCACUAGGCAAGCCUGAUAGCAAAAUCCUCUAGCCCUGGGCUACCGGGCACUACUUUCUUUGCACACUGUGCAGGUGACAUGAUUUGAUCACGCGCAUUUGGACCUUCUGUCACUCAUAAUCUGAUUACAAGUGUUUUGACUUUCUGUCUCAUGAAACUUACGCAAAGCACAGCGAUGGAGCAAAAGUGUUUUGACCCUCGAUCGCUGUCACCCCACUCCGUAACCUUUGGUUAUUACUAGUGUACUGUUUUACAUAAUAGCAUUAAAAGAUACAUACAAUUUCAUGUUUAACAUAUAAUUAAUGUGCAUUUAUAAUGCAUUACAGAUACCUAGUACAAAAUUUUGAUUGGUUGGAAGAAAAAUUGGGAGAUGUUGAUGAUGACUACAUUCUGUUUGACUGUCCAGGUACCAUAAAAUAAUAGUUUAUUGGGAUUUAAUCACAGUGACAACAGUGUACAUGUAUUGAACUUCUGUCAAACUCAAGAAUGUUGGGGAUUUAUUUAUUGUAGUUCAAUUUUAUCGUUGGUUUAAAUUGUAUUUUUGUAAGGGACCUCUUUACUCUUUAAUAUAUAGGAAGCUUAAAUAAAAAGCCACAAAGGUGACAACAGUGAACAUGUUACCUAAAACUUGAAUUUACAUUGUUUCAAACUCUACAUGUACCUUGUUCAAUUUGUACCAAUGUUGGCGAAUUUUUCUGAUGAAGUUGAAUUCUAAAUGACUCUGAAAAUUCAGAAAAUGAAAAUGAAAAUCGUUGUUUUGAGUUGAUCACAAAAUAAUGGGAAUUUUCCUGUCAUAGUCGUGCAAAAAUAAAACAAAAAUUAGCAUGAUGGGCGCAACGGGAAUGUAGCUAAGGAAUGGGCAGGCUGGCUUUUUUAUUAGUCGAGUAGGGUUUUUUUUUCUGAAUUGCGUGUCCAAAAUUCCUUUGUAACUUUGUUUUCCAUGGCAAUUUGAGCUGGUGGUAAACUCUUCUUCAAGCAGUAAAAUCACAUGGCUGGCAGCCAGCUCUCAGUGACCAGCCUGGUGCAAAGUCAUUGUUUUGCUUUAUAAUCUAAACCUAGAUUUCUUUUUUUAUCUCAUUGCCUUUGCCGUCAUUAUAAUCAUUGCUUAAGCUCUCUAUAAAGAAUAAGGGCAACAGAAAUGAGUUUGCACCUCCAGCAACCAUAAUGAUACUGCCACAUUCACAAGUGGAUAUAAGAUGCAAGAUUUAAUGAAAAGGCCCUAUAAAGUGACUCGUGACCUAAGAUCAAAUUCUCCUUUUUAUUGACGAGCAUCCAGCCAAUUGAAAGGAGAAUUUAGCAUUAAUCAGAGGUCAGGUCACUAAGGGCUUUAUUUCUGAAGGCACCCCCUUCAUCUUUUAUUACGGAGACCACACACACUUGUACUGGCAUGUCUACUACUCCAACUACAGACCUUAGGUUGUGUUUCUGUUGCAAUUUCAAGGUCAGAUUGAACUGUACACACACAUGCCAGUCAUGCGGCAGUUGGUAGAGACCCUCCAUCAGUGGGAUUUCCGAGUAUGUGGUGUCUUCCUGAUUGACUCUCAGUUUAUGGUGGACUGCAGCAAGUUCUUUGCAGGUGUCUUGUCAGCACUGUCUGCUAUGAUUCAGCUAGAGGUUCCUCACAUAAAUGUCAUGAGUAAAAUGGACUUGCUGAACAAGAAGCAAUUAAAGGACGUAGAUAGGUGAGUUCAUAAAUUGCUGUCUGCUGCAUGUUCAAGUUUAAAAAGCACAACUGAAAAGGACUUUUCUGAUGAUCUGCCAGGAUGAAGUGAGCUUUUACAGUGUAUCCAGUUAAUUCAAGGUGCUAUGCAGUUCUAUCUUUUUAACAUCCACCGGUACAUGCUUGUGAGAAAUUAAUUUUCUGAUUGUUGUUUCAACAAUCAUCUCAUUCUAAAAUUGGUGGCAAUUUUACUUUAAUUUCUCUUUAUUAUAAUUAUAGUUAGCCCUCUUUGCCUCAAUUGCAUCUGCAGAAUUCAAAAGAACUUUUACCUUGAAAUGAGUUCUGUCUGGUACUUUUAAAUUUUGAGAUGACCUGAAAACCUGGUUAAUUAUAUUUGUUAGGUUUUUAGAUCCUGAUCCACGACAACUUGCUGAAGAGCUUAAAGAAAGUACAAGCAAGAGAUACAAAAAGCUCAAUAAAGCUUUGGCCCAGUUGGUAAGUUGUCACAUAAUCUAUCUCACCAACAAGUCCCAUCUUCACAAAAAACAAUACAACUACGUAAACUACUGAUUUUCCUCAAUCUUUUUCAGGAAACUGCUUUUCUUGUCUAAGAAUCUAUUUUUGCAAAGUUGCAAAGAAAAGAAUGAAGCUCAUUCAGUUGAGACAUGUUCCCAGAACUUGCUAUUUUUAGAUUUUUAGCUUUGAAAUAUUUGCAAUAUACUAAUUUUACAGUGAGGGGCCCGUAGCUUGUAUGAGGAUUCAUUUUUUCUCUGCUGGCUCCAUUUUUGCACUCAUGAUUCUUUUUACCAUCUAUUUUUAUGCAAAUAAAGUUGUUAUAAAUAAAUAAGAGGAACAGUUAGAUUUGUUUAGCUGCAAGGAAUAUCAGGGUCCAUCUGCACUAGCUAAAAAGCUGUUUAUUUAGACAAAUUGUCUGUCAUCACCAAUGUUUAACAAAUGCAGAUGCAUAUGGUUUGUGGCAAUUUUAUAAAGUUUGUCUCGGGUAAAAACUGGACAAAAUUAAACAAGAAUUUGUUUUUUCUUGUCAAUCAUUGUUGAUUGUUGAAAAGCCAUUGUUCUUUCCAUUAAGUAAUGACAAAGGGUUUCUUAGAAAAUGGAUGCUUGUGACAACCUAGUAAACAGUCACAAGUGCCAAUUUUCUGGGAAACACUUCAUUCAACCUAUGCCACUGAUAUUAAUAUUUAAAGGAAAAUAAAGGGAGAUGUAAAGAAUCAACCAUAAGAGGACACAGAAAAAAUGUGAGCCCCAGAUGGGAUUCGAACCCACGACCCUCCGUGUUCUAGAGCGGAUGCUCUAACCUCUGAGCUACUGAGGACUCGUUGGCGAGCAAGGGUCAUUUUUGUGGGUUGGACUUGCGAACCGCAUCUCGCAGUCACACAGUCCAUCACAAGCAACACAUUAAGGCUUAACUGUAUCACACAGUCACAUUAAUAGUAAGAAAUGUCUCACUCAUGAAGGAGGAAUGAUGGACUGUGUAACUGCGAGAUGCGGUUCGCAAGUCCAACCCACAAAAAUGACCCUUGCUCGCCAACGAGUCCUCAGUAGCUCAGAGGUUAGAGCAUCUGCUCUAGAACACGGAGGGUCGUGGGUUCGAAUCCCAUCUGGGGCUCAGAUUUUUUCUGUGUCCUCUUAUGGUUGAUUCUUUACAUCUCCCUUUAUUUUCCUUUAAACCCUUCAUUAUUUGUUUUAUUUUUUAAUGAGACAGCCUGUUGAAAGUAAAAUUAAUACAAUGUAGUUUCCAGUGCAGAUAAGGUUUUUAAAAAACAAAAAUAAUUGUCACCAUACAAUUUUUGGUUUAGACGUUUCAAAGACAACUCCAAAUUAAUUUAAUGUCUGCUAGAACAGAUGGGCCCUUAGUAUGUUUCUGUCUCGUUCAUUUUGUAUGUCACCUUUAGUAUUAAUAUUAUUACUUUGUAUUAGAUUGAUGAUUACAGCAUGGUGUCAUUUUUACCUCUCAACCCCUUUGAUGAAGAUUCUAUCACAAAUUUGCUUCUUCAAAUUGACAAUGCUAUUCAAUAUGGAGAAGAUUUGGAUGUCCGUGAAAUGAAGGUGAUUAACUCUAAUUAAUUUUCCUUAGUUUAAUGGGUAGCAGGUUUUUUGGAGAACUGUUAGCCCUUUAAGCCCCCAUAUCCAAAUACAAAUUCUCCAAACUGAUCUUCAUACAUUUCCUUUAAGAAUUAGUUGAUAGAAUUUCAUGGCAGAUCAAAGCAUCUUCUCUUUAGUGAUCAUUUCAUAAAUUCUCAUAACCUAAUCUCUUGACAAGGUAUGAAUAAUUUUUGUUGGGAGAAAAUUGAUGUUGGUCACCAUUGGGACUUAAAGGGUUAGAGCUGGUUAGUUAGGUUCAUUAAGAAGGGUCCUCUAAGGGGAGUCAUGCCAUUAAUCUUCCAUUGAAGUUUUCUUUUAUGUAUUCCUUCAAUUGAUCUAUAGGAUGAUGAACAAGAUGAAGAGAAUCCCAAUGGAUUCAUAGAUGAAAGCUGACAGUUUCUUGGUGCUGAGGAAUUUACAGCAGUAUAAACUAGUGGACAUGUAGAUCAAAAGAUCAAACUAUCCAUCAUCUGAACAACUGAAUUCACCGUCAGCACCCUGCUUGUAGAGCCUUUCACUCGCUCAAUUUUGGCGUAUAUUGAACUCUAGAAAGACUCUACAUGAAUCAAGUAAAAUCUUUGUUGAGUAUGUACAUGUUCUGGGAUACAGUUUUGAACCCAGGUCUGAUAGCCCUGCACUUGGUGCAGCAGGCUUGAAGCGAUGGCCAUUGGUUUAUCAAUAAAUGGAUGCUCACACUCAGCUCAGAAAACCAGUUUGAUGAUAGAGAGCAAGAUGGAAUAGUCCCAAAGUUUGCACUUCAAUGACUUCAAAAGCUUGACACAAUUCAGGCAGAGCCUUCUUUUCUGUGCCUUACUUAAGAAGGCAAAAGGAGGUUUUGCUUGCAGAGUGCACCACCAA